UCAUCUGAUCAGAUCAUCACAAGCCAACGGAGUUUACUCCAAGUAGAAGAGCCACAGGAAGCACAGGAAUCAGGAUGGUGACUACCACGAUAGAGGACCUGCACGCCGACGUGCUCGGCUGCGCGCUGCGCCGCCUGGACGGGCGCUCGCUGGCCGCCGCCAGCUGCGCCACGGCGGGGCUCCGGGCGCUCGCCGCGGACACGGAGACGUGGCGCGCGCUCUGCCUCGCCGAGUGGCCGUCGCUGGCGCUGCCGGGCAGCAGCCACGGCCGCCGCCUCCUCCUCGCCGCGCUCCCGCCGCGGCGGCUCUUCGCGGACGCCUUCCCGUUCCCGUCCCCGGACGCCGCGCCCGGCGUCAGCGACGGGCUCGGGCUCCCCGGGGAGCUGGUCUCCGCGGUGGACGUGUACCACAGGGGCGCGCCCCUUCUCUCCCGGGUGGUGGAGACGCCCGCGUCGUCGCCGUGGUUCCUCGGCUCGCCGUUCCGGGUGGAGGCCGUCGAGCGGAAGAGGCCGGCGGCGACGGAUGCCGCUUCCGCCGCGUCGCCGUCGCCGGAGGAGCUGGAGCUGAGCUGGGUGGUGGUGGACCCGUCCCGGGGCCGGGCGGUGAACGUCUCCAGCCGGCGCCCGGUGUCGGUGGGCCGGCACUGGUACACGGGCGACACGCUGGUGCGCUUCGCGGUCGUGCUGGGCGGGUGCAAGUUCGAGGCCACCGUCGCCUGCGCCGAGGAGGGCCGCGUCGCCGAGGUCAGCCUCGCCGCCGAGGACGCCGACGGCGCCGCGGUCGGCGGCGAGGGCGCGCUGCGGCUGCUCGCCGCCGCGAUGGAGGCGCCCAGGAGGGGAGGGGAUGGGGAGCCGGAGGAGGCCAAGAGGCGGUACCACGAGUUCGUGAGGCGGAAGAAGGGGAGGAAGGAGAGCAAGGCGCGCCGCGAGGCGCUCGUGGACCUGUGCUGCUCCGCCGCCAGCGCCGCCGUCGUGCUCACCUGCCUCGCCGCCGUCGCGCUCCGGUGAUCGACGCCUGCCGGGCGGACGGACGGACGGACAAGUGCAAGUCCGGUUCCCUUUUUUACGCCGGCGAACGAGUUUGAGCAAUAAAAUGUUGUACUACUACGAUCAACCGUCAGGUGCACUGGACAUGUCAUUAGCGUACAGCAUCUUUCUGUAACGCUUUUUUUCUUCCUUGUAACAGUUAGCAACUGUACAUCAUCAUGUCCUGCACUGGUGUGCAUCGUUUUCCUUAAACAAAGAAAGCGACAAAAAUACAAUUAUACAAGAAAAAAGAUCUGCCGUUGAGUGCAUUAAUUUUCAA